ACGCAUAAUAUGUGGGCCGCUCCGGAGUCGCGGUCGCGUUGUGUGUGAGUGAGGGGGAGAGAGUGCGGGACCUGAAGCGGCGUGUGUGAGCUGUGGCGGCUGGCGGGGUCAGCGGGGAGCGGCGGAGCCGCCCGGGAAGGCCAAGUCAUGACUACAGUAGCGGUACACGUGGACUCCAAAGCUGAGCUCACUACCCUGCUGGAGCAGUGGGAAAAGGAACAUGGCAGUGGGCAGGACAUGGUACCUAUCCUUACCAGGAUGUCUGAAUUGAUUGAAAAAGAAACUGAAGAAUAUCGUAAGGGGGAUCCAGACCCAUUUGAUGAUCGACAUCCUGGUCGAGCUGAUCCAGAGUGUAUGCUGGGCCACUUGCUGAGAAUACUCUUCAAGAAUGAUGAUUUCAUGAAUGCACUGGUGAAUGCAUAUGUGAUGACAAGCCGAGAGCCCCCUUUAAACACUGCUGCUUGCAGACUCCUACUGGACAUCAUGCCAGGGCUAGAAACUGCUGUCGUCUUUCAAGAAAAGGAAGGAAUUGUUGAGAAUCUUUUCAAAUGGGCCCGAGAGGCUGAUCAGCCACUGAGGACAUAUUCUACUGGUCUGUUAGGAGGUGCUAUGGAAAAUCAAGACAUUGCUGCCAACUACAGGGAUGAAAAUUCACAGCUGGUGGCAAUAGUACUUCGAAGACUGAGGGAACUACAGCUUCAGGAAGUAGCUUUGAGGCAAGAAAGCAAGCGUCCUAGCCCACGAAAGCUCUCCUCUGAACCCCUUUUGCCUCUGGAUGAAGAAGCUGUGGAUAUGGACUAUGGCGACAUGGCUGUAGAUGUAGUGGAUGGCGAACAAGAGGAAGCUUCUGGAGACAUGGAGAUCUCCUUUCAUCUUGAUUCAGCCCACAAGACCAGUAGCAGAGUGAACUCAGCAACUAAACCUGAGGAAGGAGGAUUGAGGAAAAACAAGUCAGCAAAACAGGGUGACAGAGAGAGCUUUAGGAAAGCCAAGCAAAAGUUGGGUUUCUCAUCAUCUGAUCCAGAUCGCAUGUUUGUUGAGCUGUCUAACAGCAGCUGGUCAGAAAUGUCCCCCUGGGUGAUUGGCACCAAUUAUACCCUUUAUCCUAUGACUCCUGCUAUCGAGCAGCGACUCAUUCUCCAGUAUCUGACCCCUUUAGGAGAAUAUCAGGAGUUACUUCCCAUAUUCAUGCAACUUGGAUCACGGGAUUUGAUGAUGUUCUAUGUUGACUUGAAACAGACUAACGAUGUCCUACUUACAUUUGAGGCACUCAAGCACCUAGCAUCUCUCCUGCUCCAUAACAAGUUUGCCACAGAAUUUGUUGCACAUGGUGGAGUACAGAAAUUACUGGAAAUUCCUCGUCCUUCUAUGGCUGCAACUGGUGUAUCCAUGUGCUUGUAUUACCUGUCCUACAACCAGGAUGCCAUGGAAAGAGUUUGCAUGCAUCCCCACAAUGUUCUGUCUGAUGUGGUGAACUACACACUGUGGUUAAUGGAAUGUUCUCAUGCUUCAGGAUGCUGCCACGCUACCAUGUUUUUCUCAAUCUGCUUCUCCUUCCGGGCUGUAUUGGAACUCUUUGACCGCUAUGAUGGUCUUCGUCGUCUGGUGAACUUGAUCAGUACUUUGGAGAUUCUAAAUUUGGAAGAUCAGGGUGCACUUCUGAGUGAUGAUGAAAUAUUUGCUAGCCGCCAAACUGGGAAACAUACGUGCAUGGCCUUGCGCAAGUACUUUGAGGCUCACCUGGCCAUUAAAUUGGAACAAGUGAAGCAGUCACUUCAGAGGACUGAGGGUGGCAUUCUUGUUCAUCCUCAACCCCCUUACAAGGCAUGUUCAUAUACUCAUGAACAGAUUGUGGAAAUGAUGGAGUUUUUGAUAGAAUAUGGCCCAGCGCAGCUAUAUUGGGAGCCAGCUGAAGUCUUCCUCAAACUUUCUUGUGUCCAACUCUUGUUGCAGCUUAUUUCUAUUGCUUGUAAUUGGAAGACCUAUUAUGCAAGGAAUGACACUGUGCGCUUUGCUUUGGAUGUCUUGGCUAUUCUCACUGUUGUGCCAAAAAUUCAGCUCCAGUUGGCAGAAUCAGUGGAUGUGCUGGAUGAGGCUGGCUCCACCGUCUCCACUGUAGGUAUCAGCAUUAUUUUGGGAGUGGCUGAGGGUGAGUUCUUUAUUCAUGAUGCUGAAAUUCAGAAGUCAGCACUUCAGAUUAUCAUCAAUUGUGUGUGUGGCCCGGAUAACAGAAUUUCUAGUAUUGGCAAAUUUAUCUCUGGAACUCCUCGGAGAAAGCUGCCUCAGACUCCCAAAAGCAGUGAGCACACUCUGGCCAAGAUGUGGAAUGUGGUCCAGUCCAACAAUGGCAUCAAGGUGCUUCUGUCCUUACUCUCCAUCAAGAUGCCCAUCACAGAUGCAGACCAGAUCCGGGCCCUGGCCUGCAAGGCCCUGGUGGGCCUGUCUCGCAGUAGCACUGUCCGGCAGAUCAUCAGCAAACUGCCCCUUUUCAGCAGCUGUCAAAUCCAGCAACUGAUGAAAGAGCCUGUGCUGCAGGACAAACGCAGUGACCAUGUCAAGUUCUGCAAAUAUGCUGCUGAGCUCAUUGAACGGGUGUCAGGAAAGCCACUUCUCAUUGGCACUGAUGUGUCACUGGCACGACUGCAGAAAGCAGAUGUUGUUGCCCAGUCAAGGAUCUCCUUUCCUGAGAAAGAGCUGCUUCUGCUGAUACGAAACCAUCUCAUUUCUAAAGGGCUUGGGGAGACAGCAACUGUGCUGACUAAAGAGGCUGACCUGCCCAUGACUGCUGCCUCCCAUUCUUCUGCCUUCACCCCAGUCACUGCUGCUGCUUCUCCUGUUUCUCUUCCCCGUACCCCUCGCAUUGCCAAUGGCAUUGCAACUCGACUGGGCAGCCAUGCUGCUGUGGGUGCCUCUGCCCCUUCUGCCCCCACUGCUCAUCCUCAGCCACGGGCCUCCCAGGGUUCACUAGCUCUGCCUGGCCCGUCUUAUGCAGGCAACUCUCCUUUGAUUGGUAGGAUCAGUUUUAUCAGAGAGAGGCCAUCACCCUGCAAUGGCAGGAAAAUCAGAGUGUUGCGGCAGAAGUCGGACCAUGGCGCCUACAGCCAAAGCCCAGCCAUAAAAAAGCAGUUGGACAGACAUCUUCCUUCCCCACCUACGCUGGACAGUAUCAUCACAGAAUAUCUUAGAGAGCAGCAUGCUCGCUGCAAGAACCCAGUUGCCACCUGCCCACCUUUCUCUCUCUUUACUCCUCACCAAUGUCCUGAGCCAAAACAGAGGCGGCAAGCGCCAAUAAACUUUACCUCAAGGCUAAACCGCAGGGCAUCAUUUCCAAAGUAUGGAGGGGUGGAUGGCGGAUGCUUUGAUAGGCACCUUAUCUUUAGCAGGUUCCGUCCUAUUUCAGUGUUCCGGGAAGCCAAUGAGGAUGAGAGUGGCUUCACCUGUUGUGCAUUCUCAGCACGAGAGCGGUUCCUGAUGCUUGGCACCUGCACUGGGCAAUUGAAGCUCUAUAAUGUGUUUAGUGGACAGGAGGAGGCCAGCUAUAACUGUCACAACUCAGCUAUCACACACCUUGAACCUUCCAGGGACGGGUCCUUGCUGCUGACAUCUGCUACUUGGAGCCAGCCUCUGUCUGCACUUUGGGGAAUGAAAUCAGUAUUUGAUAUGAAGCAUUCCUUCACAGAAGAUCACUAUGUUGAGUUCAGUAAGCACUCUCAGGAUCGAGUCAUAGGCACAAAAGGAGACAUUGCCCAUAUUUAUGAUAUUCAGACUGGCAACAAGCUGUUGACUCUGUUUAACCCAGAUCUUGCCAACAACUACAAGAGGAACUGUGCCACCUUUAAUCCUACAGAUGAUCUUGUCUUAAAUGAUGGCGUCCUCUGGGAUGUCCGCUCUGCACAGGCCAUCCACAAGUUUGACAAGUUCAACAUGAACAUCAGUGGCGUUUUCCAUCCGAAUGGGCUGGAGGUCAUCAUUAAUACUGAGAUUUGGGACCUUCGUACUUUCCAUCUUUUACACACAGUUCCUGCUCUAGAUCAGUGUCGAGUGGUGUUCAACCACACGGGGACAGUGAUGUAUGGAGCUAUGUUGCAGGCAGAUGAUGAAGAUGACUUACUGGAAGAGAGGAUGAAAAGCCCUUUUGGAUCAUCCUUCCGAACAUUUAAUGCAACUGAUUACAAACCUAUAGCGACCAUUGAUGUGAAACGGAACAUUUUUGACCUAUGUACAGACACCAAAGACUGCUAUCUUGCUGUCAUCGAGAACCAAGGCAGCAUGGAUUCUCUGAACAUGGACACGGUGUGCAGGCUGUAUGAAGUAGGCAGGCAGCGUCUGGCAGAGGAUGAGGAUGAAGAGGAGGACCAGGAAGAGGAAGAACAGGAGGAAGAAGAUGACGAUGAAGAUGAUGAUGACACUGAUGAUUUAGAUGAGCUUGACACUGACCAGUUGCUGGAGGCGGAGUUGGAGGAGGAUGACAACAAUGAGAACGCAGGGGAGGAUGGCGACAAUGACUUUUCUCCCUCUGAUGAGGAGCUAGCAAACCUGCUAGAGGAGGGAGAGGACGGAGAAGAUGAAGACUCUGAUGCAGAUGAGGAAGUGGAACUGAUCCUGGGGGACAUUUUCUUCCUAAAGGAGAUUGUAGUGAAUGGAAGGUUUGGGAACAUGCAGUUCUUCAUCAGCUUUCCCCGAGUGGAGUCUCUCAGCCGACAGCUCUGACAACUCUGAUUUGGAAGAUGACAUCAUCUUAUCUCUAAAUGAGUGAGGAGCCAUCACCACGUGGAAGAGAUUCUUGGCAGGCGAGAAACUGAGUCAAAUGAAUUCAAAACAUCUUCCCUUCCCUUUCUCCCAGGGCUCUUUUAAGGAACUGCAUGCCCUGCAUUCAGAGGAUUAUGAUUUAGAGUCUCACUGGAAUCUGAGUCCUUCUAAAAACAAUAACCACACAAAAAAAAGACAACAGGGGUUAGGCCCUAUUCUGCUUCCCCCUUCUCCUAGGAUGGACAUAUCUUUCCUCAAGGGGGAAAAAAAAAACCCAACACGUCUCUGGGGUUAUUUCACAAUAUAUUUUCUUUGUAUAAUGUUCUUUACUUAAAGAACAAGAAAUAGUUUUUUAUAAAACUUAAAAAGAAAAAAAAAAGGCAUUUAUAACUGAGGGUAUGAACUUAUAUCCACCAGGUCUCUUGUCCCUGCAGUUCAUUUUCUAUGGAAGAAAAUGAUGUCUAAAUAACAAUAGAGGCAUUUUUACAUACGUAUUUAAAUGAAAAGGAAAACCGUGGUUUCUUAAAUUGAUAAGGAUUAAGAAUAUUUUAUUAUAAAUAUAAUAUAUGAUUUUUUUAACCUGUUUUGUUGCCUCAUAUGCUGUCAGGUUAAUUUGUUUUCCUUUGUGCCAGAGGUGGGGAGGAGGUGCUGCUUGUUUGCUGAGUAAAUGCCUAGGCUUACCCACCUUCAUGGUUUGGUGGGGGGUGGGGCAGCAAGGUCAUUGUGGAUAUUGGUUUUGUGGAGUUGAGGGAACUUAGGAUAUAAGUUCACUCCCUCUAUUUUUCUUUGUGAUUCAGUUUUUCAAAAAUCUUUUUUUCUUCCCUUUCUCCCCAAUGUGGAAAGUACAAAUCAAAGGCCUUUUAAUGUAAAGUGUAUUUAUUUAAAAAAAAAUACAAAAUAAACUACAAGUCUGUCUUUCUUUGUUUA